AUGAUGACGACGGGUAGCACGGGAUCAACAUUCCCCAAAUGGCAGUUGGCACUACUGAUCGGUGCACCGGUCGCCAUCGGACUCGGCUACCUGUACUGGCGCAAAUCGGCCGACCAGGGCGAAGGUAGCGGCGAAAGGCUGACCAAGAAAAAGUUAGCCGACCUAAAGGACAAAACCAUAUCGCUCGAUGGUGAUUCGUCCGAGGCGAAGCAACAACAGCAGCCGGAUGCGAAACCGCUGACCGGGCGCGAUCUUGCCCUGAAACACAAAAACAAUGGCAAUGCACACUUCCGGGCGGGAAAGUAUGACCUGGCGAUCAGUGAGUAUGAUGCGGCGAUUGAGCACUGUCCAACGUACGAGGCAAGCGAUCGUGCUACGUACUACCAGAACCGAGCAGCAGCGUACGAGCAGCUUCAGAAUUGGGGCGCCGUCAUUAAAGAUUGCACGAACGCGAUCGAGUGUAAUCCGGGGUAUACGAAAGCGCUGGUACGACGAGCGAAAGCGUACGAGCAGCAGAAGGAUCUCGAGAAAGCACUCGAGGAUAUAACGGCCGCCUGUAUCGUGGACCAGUUUCAGAACAAAACGACACUCGUAAUGGCUGACCGCAUAUUGCGCGAGCUUGGCCAACAGCACGGCAAGGAAGCGAUGAAGAACAAAAAAGAAAUUUACCCUUCGAAACAGUUCAUCGAUAGCUAUUUAAGCUCGUUUACGAACGAUCCCGUUCGGAAGCUGGUGGUGGCCAGCUCGGAACCAAAGGGUUUCAUCAAGGCAAAGGCACUGUUCGAUAAGGGCGAGUACGAAGCAGUCGUAGCGGCCUGUACGGAAGAGAUCGAAUCGAGCGAAUCGGAAUCAGACUACAAGCUGGAAGCGUUGGUAUUGCGCGGCACAAUGUACAAUCUGAUCGCUUGCUACGAGGAAGCGAAGCAAGAUCUGGAUGCGGUUAGCGAGCUCGAGACGGCGGACAAACGGUUACGCUCGAAUGCACUGAUCAAGCGUGCCUCGUUGGCGAUGCAAACGCAGCCCGAAACGCCCGGCGAGUGUUUCAAGUAUUUUGCCCGGGCAGAAGAAAUCGACGCUUCGAACGGGGACAUUUACCAUCACCGGGGACAGGUGUACAUACUGACCGAUCGGAUGGAUGAUGCGAUCGCGGAUUUCGAGCGGGCGUACGCACUGUGCCCGACGUCCGGCAUUAUUGCGACACAUCUUUGCUACGCGAAGUAUUGCCAGGCGAACCAAAACAAGGACGAGCGCGGAAUGGAGCGUAUGAAGAAGCGGUUCGACGAGCUGCUGGAACAGUAUGCGGACUGUGUCGAGUGCUACAGCAUCUUGGCGCAGGUGCUUACCGAGCAGACAAAAUUUGCAGAAGCGGACAGUUGCUUCGAGCGUGCGCUGAAGGUCGAUCCGAACAAUGCACAGAUCUACGUGCAUCGGGGCGUGCUGCAGUUGCAGUGGAAGGGUGAUUUCGAGGAGGGCGUCAAGCUGAUCAAAAAGGCAAUACAGAUCGAUAGUAGGUGUGAGUUUGCGUACGAAACGCUCGGUACGAUCGAGGUACAGCGGGGCAAUCUGGUCGAAGCGAUCCGGCUGUUUGAGCAGGCGAUCGAGCUGGCCCGCACGGAAAUUACGCUGGUGCAUCUGUACUCGCUGAAGGAUGCGGCCGUGGCGCAGCUGCGUGUGGCGAAGAAUAUGGGAUUGAGCAUUGGCAACAUUCAGCCGAACUUCUAGAG